AUGAAUAUUAGUGUAUCAACUGAAUUUACAGAACACGAACAAAAUAUAUUAAAAAAAAGGUUAAUGUUUAAUGAUAAUGUUCUUAAUUUUUAUUUAGAGUAUCUUGAAAAGAAAUAUGGAGAUAAAUCUGUAUGUAUUUUAUCAACAUUUUUCUUUGAAAAUAUGAGAAGAGCAAAUGAUCCAAAUGUUGAUAAAGAAGGUCAAUUUUAUCACUGUUCUAGGUGGUUUAGUAAAAAAGAUUUAGAGUUAAAAGAUCUUGAAUACAUUAUAAUUCCAAUUAAUGUUGAAAAACAUUGGACAUUAUUAAUUUAUUGUCUUCAAAGUGACAGAAUGUUAAAAGGGAGUAAAAGAAAAUUUUAUGAAGAAUAUGAAUUUUAUCCACGCGAUAAUUUAUUAAAAUGA